AUGAAUGAAACAAAUUUGUGUGGUUCCUUGAUGUUGUUGAAAAAUUCUGAUAAAUUAUUUUAUGAUAAUUUAAUAAAUUUAGAUGAAAGAUUAAAAUUGAAUAAUAAUUUUAAUGAAAAUCGGUAUAAUGAGGUUUGCGAUAAAAAGUUUAUAAGAAAUAGUAGACGGUUUAAAACCGAGCCUCCUAAAAAUAUAAGUGAAAAUUCACAAUUGGCUGGUUACUCUUCUUUCUUUCAAAAUAUAUUUAGCCCUUUUUCAAAAAGUGUAUCAUAUAAAAAUAAUGAGGAGGAUGAAAACAAUGAAAUAAAUAAAAGUGACACAGAAGAGAGCGAAAAAAAUGAGUCUCCAAAUUUUCAAAAAAAUAAAAAAGAUAGUAAUACAUUAUGUAAUGAAAAGGAUUUAAAUAAUAAGUUAUAUAUAAAUGGUUUGCCUAACCAUUUUGAUAGUAAUUUAUCGAAUAAAAAAUAUGAACUUACUAGCUAUACUGAAUCAUAUCAUAAAAAAAUGGAUAAAUAUUCUAUGAGUGAUGAGCUAGCGAUUACAGACAAAAACGAUCCAUAUAUAUCAAAUAAAAAAGAUGAUUUAAAAAAAUAUAUAAAAAAAAGAGAAAAAGAAACAAACAUUUUAGACAAUAAAAUAGUAAAAAGUUAUGUAAUAUCUGAAGUUUUUUUAAAAAAAAAUAUAAAAUCAUUAGUUGUACAUAAUACAGGUGGUAUUGAUAUAGAACUAAUUGAAAAUGAAAAUCCAGAAUUUUUAUAUCAUACUUAUACAGGAAAUAGAAUAUCAAAUAUAUACUAUGAAUAUGAGGAUAAGCUUAAGGGGAGAAAUGGCGAUGAAACAAAAGGAAGUAAUAAUAAGUUAGUGUGGGGGAAAAAUGACAAAAAUAAAAUUAUAAAGGAUGAGGAAAACGACAAAUUAAGUUGCUCAUAUGAUUAUAAUAAAAAUUGUGAUAUAAAUUCAUCUAUAUCUAGUUUAUCAAUAAAUGUGUCUGAAAAAUAUAAAUAUAAAAAAUAUUAUUACAUUGGUGAAACAAUUAAUAAUAUGAGGAAUGGAUGGGGGAUGUUAGUAUAUAAUGAUAGAGUUAUAUUUGAAGGGGAAUAUAAAAUGGAUAAUGCAAUAGGAUAUUUUAUUAAAUAUAAUGAAUAUUCAACGGAAAUUGGAUAUAGAAGUCCUAUAAGUAUAAAAUCUGUUAUUAUUAUGAGUGAUCAUGAUAAUUUUAUAAUUCAAAAUAAAUGUGAAAAUUUAAAUAAUAAUAAUAAAAAUGAGGAUGAAGAUAUUUAUCGAAUUAAUAGUAUUGGAAGUAAUAGAACAGAUUUACUUGCAUAUAAAAUGGGAAACCGUAAUUUAGACAAUAUACUUAUAUGUAAUAAUGGGUUUGAAAAUUUUGAAAACAUACCUAAUUCAGACCAAUUAAAAUAUAAAAAUAAUUCAUAUUCUUCUUAUAGAAUAGACAAAGAUUGCAUUAGUUCAUUUGAAAAAGAUCAUAGUUCUAUUAAAAAGUUUUCUACACUACUUUAUAAAAAUAAUUCCAUUUCAAAAGGUACAAAUGCAAACUUAAAGUUAAACAGUUUGAAGAACAACAACUCGAACAAUUUGAAUGUCAUAUCUAGUUUUGUUCGAAGGAAUAGUAAACAUAAAACAACUCCAGCACAAUCCUUAAAUUAUUUAAAACCACCUAACAUGAAUUUUAUAAAAAAUAAUAUUUUUUCAAAUAAAAAUAGUAUUUCAAAAAAUGAAAAAAUAUUAACAAAAAAAAAAAAAAAAGAAUCAACAACCGCACAUACUUUUUCGCCUAUAAACAUUAUCGUAACGUCAUUUGACAGUGAUGAUGAUAUAGGGGAAGCGGAUACAUUAUCAGAUGAUAAUGAUAUAAAUAAGGAUAAAGUAAAUGCAGGAAAUUGUAAUGAGUCUGAAAAUAAUACGACAAGGGAUAUGGCAGGAUUAAACGAUAUAGACAUAAUAAAUAGUGAAAGUAAAAAAUAUGAAAACUAUUUUGAUAUAACUAAUGAAGGAAGUGAAAUAGAAGGUGAUGGAUAUUUAUCGAAUGUAAAAGGACGCAAAAAUACUCUAGAUGUAGAAAUCGAUGAUGAAUAUAAAAAUUUGAUAUGUGCCAAUAUAAAUAAUGAUAAUUUUGUAAUUAAGAAUAAUGAAAUUGAAAUCUUUGAAGAAUUUAUAGAGAAUCAAAAAAGAUGUAGUGACAAGGAAUGGGAAUGUAGCAGGAUAAACAAAAUAAUGUGUGAGGAAGGUUUAAAAGUAGACAAGCCAAUAAAUAGUGGCACCUUUUUAAAUGAGGGUGAUUUUACCAUUAGUACAGAUGCAGCAGAUGUAGAGAAUGUUGGAAAUAUAGGAAGUGAUUAUGCAGACAUUUUAGAUUCUACACCCGAUCCAAUCGAUGAUGUUAAAAAUUCCAACAAGUUCGAAAUAAAUAAAGCAGAGAGUUACAAUAUAGACGAUGUAAGAAAAGAAAAUGGCAAAUGUGAUGAAAAAAAGAAUGAAGUAAAAUAUUGUAAAGUUUUAAAAAAUGAAAUGAGAAGAAAAAUGAGAGGUGCUACAUUUCCAGAAACACAUGAUGAUCGACAAAAAAAUUGUUUUCUUUUUAUUGAUGAUUAUUUAACAUCUAAUGAUUAUAAAUUUGAUAUAAUAAGUAAUGAUGUUAGAUUAAGAGCUUCUGAUUAUAAUAAAUGGUCUGUUAAUAUGUUAUACAACUUUUUAAAAAUGAUAGGAUUAAAAAAAGAAGCAUAUUUAUUUAAAAUAAAUAAAAUUAGAGGAUAUCAUAUAUUAAAACUUACUGAUAGUGAAUUAAAAAAACUUAAUGUAAAUAAUCCAUAUACUAGAAAAUAUAUUUUAUCUGUUUUUCGAUUUUUAGUAAAUUCAAUUGAUAAUGCAGAUCCAUUAUCUUUAAAUUUUAAUACAAGUAAAAAGUUUUCUUUUAAUAAAAUUCCAAAUAUUUCUAAUAAUGAUAUAACAAUAUUGAAUAAAGUAGGAGGUGGUAGUUAUGCUCAAGUCUUUAGAGGGAAAUAUAAAGGAAUAACUAUUGCUUGUAAAUUAUUUGUAUAUAAUACAAAAGAUUUAAGUGAAGAAAGUUAUUGUGAGAGUUAUAUAUCUACACCUAGAUCUACUCACCAAUAUAUUUUUCCAAAAAUUUUUAAAACAAUGCAAAGUGGUGAAUCCGAAAUAGGAGAUACCAAUCGAGAUAUUGUUGAUAGCACAAUUUUUGAUAAGUAUGUUGAUUCAAUAAAAAGUUAUACUGAUGUAUCAGAUAAAAAUGAUACAAAAGUGUCUGAGGAAACUGUAACUAAUUUAUGUACUUUACAAAGAAAUAAAAAAAUAAAAAAAAUGGCAAAUUUAGAAAUUUUUCGAUAUUUUCCAACACCUGUAAAAUAUCGAAAUUAUGAAGCAAAGAUUUUAUAUUCAUUACAAGAAUGUGAACAUGUGAUAAAAUUAUUAGGAGUAUGUAGUUUAGGAGAAGGAGAAGAAUCUUUAAUUUUACAAUAUUGUUCAGGAGGAAGUUUAGAAAAAUAUAUAUAUCAUGAUGAAAGAAAAAAAAUAAAUAAACAAAAUAAGCAUUUAUCAAGACCUAAAAUUGUUAAAAUAUUUCAACAAGUAGCUAAAGGAAUGUAUUCAAUACAUUCUAAUAAUUUUUUUCAUAGAGAUAUAAAAUUGUCUAAUAUAUUAUUAGAUGAAAAUCAAAAUGCUUUUAUAUCUGAUUUUGGAUUAUCUACAUAUUUUUCAUUAAAUGAUAGUCCAAGUGCGUAUGCAAUUUAUGGCAAUAUUUUUUAUGCAGCUCCUGAAGUUUUGAAGGGAGAAGGUUUUUUUAAAGAAUCGGAUGUAUGGUCUUUUGGUGUUAGUCUUUGGGAAGCUUUAACAAAAAAAAUAGCAUAUGAUGGUAUAUCAUCUUCUGAAACUUUUUGUAAAAUAUCAUCAGGUGAAUUAUAUUUACCAAUACCUAAUGAUAUUCCUAAAGAUAUAUCUGAUUUAUUAAGGAGUACCCUUGAAUAUGAUUUUACUAAAAGACCUCUAUUUGAUGUUAUAGCUCGAAAGUUAGAGCAUAUAUCGGAAGCAGCUGAAAAGCGGCUACACUUUGACAUGAUUUCAUUUUUAGAUGGAUAA